AUGCCAGAAGAUAAGAGCAUUGUAGAGAGCUUGACUCACAAAGACAAGCAAAAGGAGGACAAGCCAGAGACCAGUAACCAAGGAGCCUCUAAGCCAGUAGGUAAGGAGUUAGCUAAUAAUGCAGGUAUUCAAGAUGUGGCUAGUGCCGAGAGUGGAGCAAAAUCUAAGGAAACGAGCCUCUGUAUGGAGGUGGACCAACCUAAGUUUGUUGCUUCUAUAGACCAACUCGAGCUUGGUGCAACAUCCAAUAGGACUGAAGCAAGUGUAGUUGAUCCAAGUGAAGCUGAUUACCUCUCAAGGUGGGUGAAAGCCAUCCCCACACACAAAGACGAUGCACCUACAGUUUCCAAAUUUCUGAAGUCCAUCAUUUUCAGUAGAUUUGGCAUGCCUAAAGUGCUAAUAAGUGAUCAGGGAACCUACUUCUACAACAAGUUACUCAAUAACUUGUUGGCAAAGCAUGGGGUUUCCCACAAAGUGUCCACCCCUUAUCGUCCUCAAACCAAUGGUCUGGCUGAAGUAUCAAACCAAGAGAUUAAACGCAUCUUGGAACGGAUUGUCAAGCCCUCCAACAGAGAUUGGAGCUUACAACUAGAUGAUACACUGUGGGCCUACCGUACCGCCCACAAAACCCUAAUCGGUAUGUCUCCGUAUCAGAUCAUCUAUAGUAAGGCCUGUCACAUUCUAGUGGAGCUGGAGCAUCGAUCAUACUGGGCGGUAAAGAGUUGCAAUACCGAUUUGGAGGAAGCUGGCAUGAACCGACUCCAUUAA